AUGUUGCUCUACACCAAAUUCAUGAAGGACAUCCUCACCAAGAAGGGGAAGUACAUUGGCAAAGAGAGCAUUGUGGUGGGAGGCAAUUGCAGUGCAGUGAUAAAGAGGAAGCUACCCAAGAAAUUUAAUGACCACGGGAGCAUGACAAUCCCUUGCACCAUAGGGAAUGAGUCAGUAGGGAAGGCUCUCAUUGACUUAGGGGCAAACAUCAAAUUGAUGCCCCUGUCAAUGUGUAGAAAAAUUGGAAAUUUGAAGAUAGACUCUACCAAGAUGACGCUCCAGCUCGCAAACCAAUCAAUCACAAGACCGUACAGGGUAGUGGAAGAUGCCCUGGUCAAAGUCCGCCAUUUUACUUUUCCGGUAGAUUUUGUCAUCAUGGAUAUAGAAGAAGAUACAAAUAUUCCUCUUAUCUUAGGCAGACCCUUCAUGCCGAUUGCCAACUACGUGGUGGAUAUGGGGAAUGGCAAUCUGGAAAUGUGCGUCGACGACCAAAAGGUAACCUUCAACCUUUUCGAAGCAAUUAAAUACCCAGAGGAAGAUAGAAGGUGCUUCAAGGUGGAGAAAAUCGAUAAAGAAGACAUCGGUGCUCUUCAAACCACAUAG